AGAAGAAGGAGUGUGCGUAGCUCUUAGAAAUCACUAUGGUGACAGGGAGGUUGGCAGGCUUCUUGGUAACUGGUCCCAGCUCUGUGGGAAUAAUCGCCACUGCUUUCCUGCAACUUAAGUGAAUACAAUCAAGUGGCAUUUUAAAAUUCUGCUGAAAGUGGAGACAUGAGACUGAAGAUAUCUCUUUUAAAAGAACCAAAACAUCAAGAAUUAGUCAGCUGUGUGGGCUGGACUACUGCUGAAGAACUGUAUUCAUGUAGUGAUGACCACCAGAUAGUGAAGUGGAACUUGUUAACAAGUGAAACAAGUCAGAUAGUAAAGCUUCCUGAUGAUAUUUACCCAAUAGAUCUUCACUGGUUUCCAAAAAGUUUAGGCAUAAAGAAGCAAACUCAAGCAGAAAGCUUUGUCCUUACAAGUUCUGAUGGUAAAUUUCAUCUGAUUUCUAAGUUAGGAAGAGUGGAAAAAAGUGUAGAAGCUCACUGUGGAGCAGUUCUUGCAGGAAGAUGGAAUUAUGAAGGAACAGCAUUAGUUACAGCUGGAGAAGAUGGACAAAUAAAAAUCUGGUCAAAGACUGGGAUGCUAAGAUCAACUUUAGCUCAGCAAGGAACACCAGUAUAUUCAGUAGUGUGGGGCCCUGAUUCAGAAAAGGUUCUUUACACAGCAGGCAAGCAGCUGAUCAUUAAACCUCUUCAACCAAAUGCUAAAGUUUUACAGUGGAAAGCUCAUGAUGGCAUUAUUUUAAAAGUAGAUUGGAACUCUGUCAAUGAUCUAAUUUUAUCUGCUGGUGAGGAUUGUAAAUAUAAGGUAUGGGAUAGUUAUGGCCGUCCUCUGUACAAUUCACAACCUCAUGAGCAUCCCAUUACCUCAGUUGCCUGGGCUCCAGAUGGAGAAUUAUUUGCUGUUGGAUCGUUUCAUACUUUACGCUUGUGUGAUAAAACUGGGUGGUCAUAUGCUUUGGAAAAGCCCAACACCGGCAGUAUAUUUAACAUCGCGUGGUCAAUUGAUGGCACUCAGAUCGCUGGAGCCUGUGGAAAUGGGCAUGUUGUUUUUGCACAUGUGGUGGAGCAGCGUUGGGAGUGGAAAAAUUUUCAAGUAACAUUAACUAAACGAAGGACCAUGCAGGUUCGUAACGUUCUUAAUGAUGCAGUGGAUUUACUGGAAUUCCGUGAUAGAGUCAUUAAAGCAUCUUUGAACUAUGCACACUUAGUUGUAUCAACAUCUCUUCAAUGUUAUGUGUUCUCUACGAAGAACUGGAAUACACCUCUUAUAUUUGAUCUAAAAGAAGGAACUGUUAGUUUAAUUCUGCAGGCAGAAAGACAUUUUCUUCUUGUAGAUGGUGGUGGUAUCUAUUUAUAUUCUUAUGAAGGCCGGCUCAUUUCUUCUCCAAAAUUUCCUGGAAUGAGAACAGAUAUUCUGAAUGCACAGACUGUAUCUCUGAGUAAUGAUACCAUAGCAAUAAAAGACAAAGCUGAUGAAAAAAUAAUCUUCCUUUUUGAGGCAUCAACUGGAAAACCAUUAGGUGACGGGAAGCUUCUUUCUCAUAAGAAUGAAAUUUUGGAAAUUGCUCUGGAUCAAAAAGGACUUACCAAUGACAGAAAAAUUGCCUUCAUUGAUAAAAAUAGAGAUCUCUAUAUCACCUCAGUGAAACGAUUUGGGAAGGAAGAACAAAUUAUCAAACUUGGAACAAUGGUGCAUACUUUGGCAUGGAGUGAUACAUGCAAUAUCCUUUGUGGACUUCAGGAUACUCGAUUUACAGUGUGGUACUACCCCAAUACAGUUUAUGUCGACAGAGACAUUUUGCCUAAAACAUUAUAUGAAAGGGAUGCAAGUGAAUUUAGUAAAAAUCCCCAUAUUGUGAGUUUUGUUGGAAAUCAGGUAACUAUAAGAAGAGCUGAUGGCUCACUGAUUCACAUCAGCAUAUCACCAUAUCCUGGUAUUCUCCAUGAAUAUGUAAGCAGUUCAAAAUGGGAAGAUGGUGUAAGACUUUGUCGUUUUGUUAAGGAGCAAACCAUGUGGGCUUGCCUAGCUGCUAUGGCAGUUGCUAAUAGAGAUAUGACUACCGCAGAAAUAGCCUAUGCAGCAAUUGGUGAAAUUGAUAAGGUUCAGUACAUCAAUUCUAUAAAAGAUCUUCCAUCUAAAGAAUCAAAAAUGGCGCACAUACUAAUGUUUAGUGGGAACAUACAGGAGGCUGAAAUGGUACUUCUUCAGGCCGGCCUUGUUUAUCAAGCAAUCCAGAUCAAUAUUAAUCUCUAUAACUGGGAAAGGGCACUUGAAUUGGCUGUAAAAUAUAAAACACACGUUGAUACAGUUCUUGCUUACCGGCAAAAGUUUUUGGAGACAUUUGGUAAACAGGAAACUAAUAAACGGUAUUUGCAGUAUGCAGAAGGUCUCCAAAUAGAUUGGGAGAAAAUCAAAGCCAAAAUUGAGAUGGAAAUUACCAAAGAACGAGAGCAAUCAUCAAGCAGCCAGUCCAGCAAGCAUAUAGGUCUAAAGCACUAAAUUCCUUGCUUACCAUUAAGAAAUUUUACCUUUUGAAACAUUCUGAUUAACCAAGGAUAAUUGUAUUUUUAUUGCUAAAGAAAAAGGCAGAAUCUUUAAGUAUAAGUACUUGCUGUGUAUUUACCACUAAAAAUACAUUCAGAAAGACUAAGCACAAAAUAAUUGAUGCAGUUUCUUUCAUCUUUUAUAUAGUUUAGUCCAAUAAUUAGCAAAAUAUUCUCAUAUACUUAUGAUACACCUAUGUAGUAUUGCUUACAUUCCAGUUUUUGUCCAUUAUUUUAUCCCUGAGUCAUCAGCAUGAACAAAUAUUAAUGCUCAUAAUAAAACAUUGGACCCUUUAAAAUGUA